AUGGAAGAAAAUAGGUCAUCUAAUGACUUUUUCUUGAGCUUUGCUAUCCCUGAAAUGGCAGGGGGUGAAUCUUUCCGUUCGCUCAACCACUGCGGAAGAAUCGAAAAAUUUCUGGUAUUUGGAGGAUAUGUUAAAAAAAUAAUGAAGUACUUGUGUACAUCAUGGAGCAUUGGAAGAAAUUUCACUACGUCGUCUUUCCCUUGUUUGUCAGACCUCGACAAUAUAACUGAAAUCAUUUUCCAAUCUUUUCCAAUUACACUUGUGAAUGAUUAA